UUAGCAACGGUACGGCAUUGAUACAAACAACACACACUUAGCUUUAUGCACCUAUAGGAAGAGUGGAUUAGUAAAUACUUUUUUCCCGCUGGUUCCUACGUUAUUUAGUUAGUAAUUUAGUAAUCUCUUCCGGUCACUAACCUACUGAACACUCCUUACGCUGUUUCUAUCCUGUGUAGUUAGUUAGUUAGUUAGUUAGUUAGUUAGCUAAUUAGCUCUUCAACUAACUUUAGGAGACAUGGCAGAAGCGGAUGGAGCGGAGAGAGAACCCCUGUGUGAUAAAAAUGUCGGCUCUGUGGAUGAGCAGGAGGAGAAGGAACCUCACAAACCCAGCAGUGAGAGGACAGAAGGAGAGGAGGAGGGACCUGGACAGUCCAGCCAAGUGUACACAGCCUCCUCACUGUCCCUCAAACCUGAAACAGAGAAGCGCCUAAUAACUCAUCCACUGACGCUGAAUUGGGCCUUCGGGAUCAACAAGUCUCUCCCUGUCUUCAGCCUUUUGGAUCAAGAGAGACUUGCUAUCCUGUAUGCUUGUUCUCAUGUAGCUGUCAUAUACGACCACACAUCUAAAUCACAACAUCUGUUACAAGGUCACUGCAACCCGAUUUCCUGCCUGUGUGUCAGUGAGGACAGACGCUGGAUUGUCACCGCUGACCAGGGCCACGAGAGUCUAGUGAUCAUAUGGGACUCGUACACAGGGAUCCCAGUUCGUACCAUGUUUGAUUGCCACCCUGAGGGCAGUGUAGCCGCUGUGGCGUUGUCCAAGGAUUCGAAAUAUCUGGUGACUGUUGGAGUCGGAACAGUACAGAGAGUUUGUAUCUGGGAUUGGACUAAUGAGACUGACGGUCCAGAAUGUCAGGUGGACAUCAGCCCAAAGCUUGGUUGCCAGAAACACAUCUUAUUCAAUCCCACUGACAGCUGUCAGCUACUCAGUAACAGUGCAAGUCAUGUCCUCUUUUACACCCGGGAUAAAGAAACUAUGCGAUACGAAGCCCCUGAAAUCUCCAAGACAUUCAAAAUGUCAGUGGGUUGCUUUACUCAGUCGAUCUUUCAUACCGGAGGCAUGCAGGCUUUCUCAUGUACGCUGACAGGGAAUGUGGUGGUGAUGGAUGUGCUGAGGUCAGGCAAAGGCCAACUGUGUUCAAUUGAAGCCACCAAAUUAAUUCCGCUGCAGAAGGAUGGAAUUACUGUAAUGACAUGGUGUGACAGCUUUAUUGUGACAGGUGAUGUAAGAGGCCACAUCAAAUUCUAUGAGGAAAACUUCAGGAUCGUUAGCUGCUUAAAUGACAUCAAUUUGGACGCCAUCACGUCCAUUUCCCCGGCGAAGGAAAUUCCUACCUCUAGCAGCGUUGCACGUACAGAAGAUUGCGUCUUGGAUACUGCGCCAUUUGUCCAUAGAAAUCUUGUCCUAUCAACUGUGAGCGCAGCUGUGGUGCACGUAAAAGCACAAAGCACAAUGGCUCAGACUUUAAUGAAAGAACAUGCUGAGCCACUGAAUGCAGUAGCCUGUCACCCUAAACAUCCUAUUGUGGCUAUGGGCAGCCAUAGUGGCAUCCUGAAGGUUUGGGACUAUGAGCACAAAGUGACUGUCUGCAGCAAAGCAUUCCAUGCAGAUGAGCGGAUCCACUGCAUGACUUAUGAUCCUCAAGGCUUUUACCUGGCUGUAGGCUUUGUCAGCGGGAUUGUGAAAGUACUGGAUCCGUGCACUUUGGAGGAAGAAGGAGAGGGGAGCUUUAAGUACAGUCAUGACUGCAUUACCCAUCUCGCUUUCUCUCACAACUCCCUCUACCUGGCCGCUGCAGACACUGGGAAAGCUGUGAUGGUGUUUCAGGCAUGUAAGGAAGGCACUCAGUAUGUGUGGCAGUACCUCGGGAAGCAUCGCUCUCACUACGAGCCCAUUCAGGACCUGCUGUUCGGGGUGUACCUGGACAGUACCAAGCCACGUCUGCUCUCCUUGGGCAUGGAUCGCAGACUAGUUGAGUACGACCUGCAGAACAGCAGAAAGGAUGAGCUGUUGAUCCUCAGCUCAGAACGCAUUGAACAAAGUGCCAUCCCCACGUGCAUGGCCUGGUAUCCACCUUUAACCACAGAGCACUUCUUACUUCUCGCAUCUGACCAGUACAAACUGAAACUACUCAAUGUCACCACCAAGAUGUGCAGAAAAACAGUUCUUGGGCCCACAUAUGGUUCUCCUGUAAAAAAGAUGCUGAUGCUACCACCCUCUAAAGAUGGGAAUCCUAAUUCACAUUACAUGGCUUAUAUAACGCAGGACAAGGUUGGGGUUCAGAUCCUGCCUCUUGACGGGAACCCACACAAGUCCUCAGCACUGAUAUGCCACUCUUCAGGCGUCUCGCACCUGGCUUGCUCUCAUGAUGGCAGAUACAUUUUCACUGCCGGUGGCGGGGACAAGACCGUCUUCUCAUGGGAGAUCUGCCGUCCUGCAUUAGAGGCAGCUGCUGCGUUGGAAGGAAAAGACCUGAUUCCCUUUUACACUCUUUUAGAAGGAGGGAGAGAUGGAGAGCUUUUUAAGGCCAUAAAGGAUUUAUUUUAUUACUGUCAGUUGCGCAGUCAGGGCAUCGACUCGAUGGAAACCAGACAAGUAUCCACCCAUAUCCCUCUUUCUGAAGUUCCCUAUCUCGUCAGAGCGCUUGGCUUCUACCCAACAGAACAAGAGUUGGAAGACAUACAAAAUGAAGUCAAAUUCAGUCGUUAUGCAGAGACAGGAAAGUAUGUAUCUGACAUUGACCUGGAGGAGUUUAUUAAGUUGUACGUUAACCACCGGCCAGCCUUUGGAAUCUCCAAGCAAGACCUCUUCAAAGCUUUCCAGGUGCUGGGCGUGCCAGAUGAAAACGGCAAACCGGUUAUCACCCGAGAAGAGCUCCUAGAGUUACUCCAGGCCAGAGGUGAGCACAUGACUGAGGAGGAGCUGGCAGAAUGCUUUGUGACCUUGUUGGGCCUCAGUGUGGAAGAAGGGCAUUCUGAAACACAGACAUCUGAGUAUAAAGACUCCGAGCAACUGCUGGAAAGCGAGUUACCCCCAAACAUCGCCAUGGACACGUUUACCACAGACAUCCUGCGAUUUCCCGUGAGUACGCAUGAGCUCCCUGCAGAACAGCGGCGCUUAUCCUCAAGGGUUUCUGAAGACGCUUUAGAGACUCCCCAUCCAACCUGAUGGAGCCUGAGAGGUCCUUCAAAGAAGAAUGGGAGAAACUGCCCAAAAAUAGGUGUGACAAGCCUGUAUCAUCACACUCAAAAAGACUUGAGGCUGUAAUCGGUGCCAAAGGAGCUUCGACAAAGUAUUGAGCAAAGGCUGUGAAUACUUAUGUACAUGUGCUUUUUUUUAAUUGUUUUUUAUUUUUAAUAAAUUUGCAAAGAUUUCAAACAAACUUCUUUCACGUUGUCACUAUGGGGUACUGUUUGUAGAAUUUUGUGGAAAAUAAUGAAUGUAAUCCAUUUUGGAAUAAGGCUGUAACAUAACAACAUGUGGGAAAAGUGAAGCGCUGUGAACACUUUCCGGAUGCACUGUACGUCAUUGGUGCAACACGUAACAACAGAGUACACAGUAAUCAGUACACAGGACUACAUAAAGUGCAAAUACUCACGAGUGCAAAAUAUACAAUACAUACUCAGGAUAGAGUACACUAAUUAGACAGGACAGCAAACCAGUACAAACAACUGUCAACAAAAUGUAUUUAAAAAAGUAUAGCAGCAAGAUAGUAAUCAUAAUAAAAGUGUCUUGUGUGCGCUGGUGUGGUGUUGGGGAGGGAUUCGAUUAGUCCAUGUGUUGAGUAUUCAUCACUUCCUGUUGUCGCUCACUUUGUAGCAACAAUAAAGUUGUUUACCUCACCCGCCUCUCUUCUUUCUCUAACGUU